AUGAUGGCCGAGAGCCGUCCUGUUGCGCUUAAAACUAACUCCUCGUUUAGUGCUGCUUUGCGGCGUGGGGAACCUAUUGAAACCCAUAAACGAUGGUCUGCUGGGCAAAAUAAGCAGCGACCAAUUGUUAAAAAUGUGGCUAAACUAGAUGAGGAAACUGAAACGCAUCAGGCUGAUCUGGUCGACCUGGAAGUUGCAAGGCUUAUAAUGAAAGCGCGCAAUGAAAAGGGUCUGAGCCAGAAGGACUUGGCGGCGAGGAUCAACGAGAAAGUCCAGGUCGUAGCCGAAUACGAAAAAGGUGAAGGCUUGAAAAACCAACUCGUCCUUUCAAAGCUUGAGCGAGCGUUAGGAGUUAAAUUAAGGGGCAAGGACAAAGGACAGCCUCUUACAUUUCAGAAGAAAAAGUGA